AUGUUCUCUUCCCACGGUCGUCUUGCUUCUUCGCUCACCGUAUUGCUCUUGGCAGGUGCUACGGUUGCCGACAAUGCUAGGUCAAGAGCGGAGGAUGCUUUCAAGACGCUUCAGGGCUGGUAUAAUCCCAGUACUGGUCUCUGGGAUACCGCUGGAUGGUGGAAUUGCGCCAAUGUUAUGACUGUGGUUGCUGAUCUAGCUUUGGUUGAGCCAUCUGUCAUGGAUAAUGCUAGCUAUGUCUUCAAUAAUACAUUGAUCAUGGCUCCUCCUCAGAACCCUCAUCCAGGCCCCGAAGUCAAGGUCAACAGCGCGCGUGAUUUGAGCGCGCGAGUCAACCAAGCUGUCAAUGCCUCCCAGUGGCUUGAUUCGGCCUACGACGAUGAUGGAUGGUGGGCCCUUGCAUGGAUUGCUGCGUACGACGUCACCGAGGACAACCAGUAUCUCCAGCUCGCCGAAGGCAUUUUCGAUGGCCUGACCAAGGCUUGGGGUACCCGCUGCAGCAACGGUGGUAUUCCAUGGAACCCGUCCAACGAUUACGUGAACGCGAUUACCAACGAACUCUUCCUCUCCACUGCGGCACACCUUGCAAACCGAGUGCCUUCGCAAAAAGACUACUACGUCGACUGGGCCCAGAGAGAGUGGAAUUGGUUCCUGGCCCAGGGUUUCAUCGGUGAAAACAACACCAUCAACGAUGGACUUCUAGACAACUGCCAAAACAACGGUGCUACUGUUUGGUCCUAUAACCAGGGUGUCGUACUCGGCGGCCUCGUCGAGCUAAACAAAGCCGCGCCAAACGAAACCUACCUGGAAACAGCUAACACAAUUGCUAAAGCCGCAAUUGAGACCUUGACUGAUUCCAACAAGGUUUUACAUGACUCGUGUGAGCCAGACAACUGCGAGCCCGACGCAACUCAGUUCAAGGGUGUCUUCAUCCGUAACUUGGAAAUGUUGCAACGCGCAUCGCCACAUGACAUCUACAAAGAGGUGAUCAUCAACUCCGCCGAUAGUAUCUGGAACAACGACCGAAACGGACAGGGCCAACUUGGCGUUGAUUGGGCUGGCCCGUUGCAUAACCCUGCCGAUGCUACUACUCAUAGUUGCGCCAUGGAGGCUUUGGUUGCUGCGAUUUCUGUCUAA